UGGGCAGCGCUUCCGGCCUCACCGCUCCACUCAGUCAGUUGGUGUGACCGGUGCGUGUAGCGCGCAGUCUCCGCCGUCACAGACCCUCUUACCGUCGCGUGUGCUAGGUGUCGCCAGCAUGGCCGAGCCCGAGGAGAGGAGCCUGGACGACUUCUUCGCCAAAAGAGAUAAGAAAAAGAAGAAAGAAAAGGGAGGUUCUGGCGGCCCGGCCGGCGGCAAGGGGGCAGCGAGGACGGCGGAGGGGGGACAGUCAUCGCUCUCGUCACUGAGCGGAGCGGCCAAGGGCCCCAAGAAGGAGAAGUCUUACAAGAGUGAGUCGCAGGACCCGCAGCAGGAGAAGGAAGAUGAUGAAUGGAAAGAAUUUGAACAGAAAGAAGUUGACUACAGUGGCCUAAGGAUUCAGUCAUUGCAAAUGAGCAAUGAAAAGGAUGAUGACGACAAUGAUAAAAAGGAAGACCAGGGGGCUGAUUGGGAAGAGGCUGGAGGCUAUGGCUCAGACAAGACCUCGGGUCCCUGGAAUAAAAGUGCUCCCCCUCCUCAAGCUCCUAUAAGUGUUGUUACAGAAGCUCCGGAGCCUGCAGCGCCAUCUGGUGUAUAUAGACCCCCUGCUGCCCGAAUGUCUUCUGCUCCAACACGAAAACCACAAGGUCCCCCAGAAAUUUAUAGUGAUACUCAGUUCCCAUCUCUACAAUCCACUGCCAAGCAUAUAGAAUCCCGCAGGGAUAGAGAAAUGGAGAAGACAUUCGAAAUUGUAAAGCAUAAAAACCGCGCCAGGGAGGAAACUGGAAAGAAUCAGGCUGUUCAACUUCAGUUAGACAACCAGUACGCAGUUCUUGGUGAACAAUAAAGCUGCAAAAACAUUUACCACAAUCUUUAUAAACUUGCCCAUAAGGAAAACAAACUACAGCUGUUGUACUUGAGAUCAUCGGAACUGUCUGAACUUCUCCGCUCAGCGAUGGAUGAAACAGAUGACUGGAUCCUCCAACGUUCCAAAUUUAACACUUUCCUUAUUUCUCUUGCUACGUCCCCUUUACCCCCCCCCCCCCCCCUCCCCUUUGCUUUUUUUUUCUUUGAAUAUGGAAACACACAAGGCUAUGAGAAUUGAACAAGAUUUCCUGUUGUAAACAUUACACAUAAGUGGAGAGUGAAAAAGCAGUUUUUGGAGGUUAUUAAAAUCUUUUUUUCCGCUGAGCCCUCACAAAGGUUGACUACCUCAAAAACGACCGUUUUGCCAUGCCCAUAGUAGACAUCAUGUGGAUGGCCAUUUUUACACACAACCAGAGAUUGUAUACUUCAUAUAAGUGUAUUUGGACAAGGAGUGGAGGGAGUAGAAUCCCCCUUCCUCUGUUUAGGUACACCUACUAAGAUGAGAUCACUUCACCUUUAUACAUUGUCUGCUUUGUGUCCAUCAGUUAAGUGACCUUAAAGGCAUUUAGUGUUAGACCAUGUAGUGGCUUCUUUAUAGUUUUCAUUAGAUGGGUAAUUGAUACACAGGUUUUCAUAGAAUCUAGUGCAAAGCUGUAGUUUGUUGCCUUUUUUAGAGGGUAAAGUGUGUACCAAAAGCAAGGAAUUAAAAAGAAAUCCACCUACCAGACAUUUGGGAAAUCACAUGAUAAAUAUUACUGCCAUAUUUUGGCCUUUUUCUCUUUAGUACGUUUAUGAAGCUCCAAUAUGUAGGUUCCCCCUCUAGUGUCCUCCCAUAGCACUACCACAUGUACAUCUACAAUGUUACAAUCUGCAGAAUUAUCUGCAUAGUGGCUACAAGUCAGUUGCAGCGUGCCAUGCUUCAAUAGCUAGCUCAAGUAUUCCUGUGCAAAGUAUAGAACUUGUCAAGUGUAAAACUUCUAAAUACUUGAAAUGUGUUCAGGAUGGUCAGUUUGCUCAUUGUGUGAUUUGGUCGUUUUUUUUUUUUUUUUAUAUAUAAAUUCUUCUUCCCUGUUUAACAUUGGACAAGAUCUUGAACUGACUGUGCUGUGGGUAUUUUUACUUAAAAGGAUUGUCAGCUUUAAAAUAUUUGGUGUUCUUGUUACAUACAGUGCCAUUAUAAAGACUGGGGGGAAACAUGUAGGGAUUGGGGUUAUAAUGUGCACCUGGCAGCAGCAGAACAGGGGUGUAAAUGAGCAAAUGGCUAUAUAAUGCUUUUAAUGAGGAUUCCAGUUACAUAUAUUUAUAGUUUUUUUGAUAUCUUCAUUCCUUUGCCAAGAUAUUAAGCCUUUUUUGUUAUGCAGAUAAGGCUCUAGUGCCCAGGAGUAGUCUCCUGGCCGGCCAGUCCAGUCCAUGUCCUCCUCUUCUCCUCCCCUGGUCUGCUUUCAUCCACCUUUCCGGUUUGACAGUCAUUGGUCAGUCAUUGAUUUGACUUGAGCCUCUUUUGCUUAAUAACUCAAAGGUUUAUAUAUCUGCUGGAAAGGACUAUGGGAAAAAAAUUGUUUGCCUGGAAUACUGAUGACUAUCUUUCUUACACCACUGUUUUCCUGCUAACAGGUCCACUUUACUAGCCUAAAUGUUUCUUGCUAUGCCAAAUGCAAAUGGUUUGUAAGCAGCCAUGGUAAAGGGUUUCUCCAGGACUAAAAACAGCUGCUUAAAAUACAGUACCAGACCGCUCAUCAGAUUGUAGGCUAUGCAACUCUGUUCCAUUGAAGUGAAUGGGGCCAAGUUGUAACACCACACACAGCCUGAGGACAGGUGUGGUGCUGUUUUUGGAAGAAUUAAGCGGUUUUUCUAUUCCUUGAUAACCCCUUUUUAAGGUUUGGUUGUAGACCUCAUUGGUCCCACUACCACGGUUGACCCCCUUUGUCAUAUCUUUUUCUGGUUCAGAUCACUUUUACUGAUGUUACUAGGCAAUAUUAGUAAUUACAUCCCUGUACAUAGUCCGAAAAGAUCAUUUGGACAAGUUGUAAUUCACAUUACAGGUCAGUCUUCAACUAGACUUAAUCUCCACCCUGUUGCCAUAUGGGAAGCUAAAUCUUGGUGUUGGUAGCAAUUUUAUUUAAAGCAACUCUUUUUCUAGUGAGCUUUUUAACAAUGGGAAUUCUGUAUCCUUUUGUAGAAUGCUCUAUUGUAAAACUGUGAAUGAGAUGAUCCAUUAGAUUAAUAUUGUACUUCCCGUUGUUUUUCUUGCUCCAGGUUUUGCCAUGUGGCUGGAGGUAGUGUUGGGUAUUUUCUAAUCUUAUUAAAGGGGUACUCCGUGCUGUUUUUUGUGCUGUGGGGGGGGGGUCGGCCGCACCCCUCGUGAUGUCAUGGUCACGCCCCUCAAUGCAAGUAUAUUGGAGGGGACGUGAAGACCGUCACGCCACCUCCCAUAGACUUGCAUUGGGGGAGCAUGACCAUGUCACGAGGGGGCGUGGCCGACCCCCACAGCACGAAAACAGUGUACGGAACAUUUAGUUCUGAAUGCUGGCCAGUGGAGUACCCCUUUAAUUUCUCCCCCAGUUCUGUUUCCAAAAGGUUUCAUUUGUGCAAGAAGUAAAAGUAGGGACACAGCAUAAUGUAUGGUCACUUUUCAGAAUUAUUGCCAACAAACAUUAGCUCUUUAAUGCAAGGAUAUAAUUUAUAUAAAAAAGGAAGCUGAAAGCGCUAUUUAUGUGGAAUGUGUGAAAGACUUCAAGUUUCAUUUCCUAUGGUAUACUUCAAACAAAAAUCUUUUUUUUUUUUUUCUUAAAUCUAAUUCUGGUUCCAUUUUAGACAAAUUGUUACAAAAGUGAAGCUAUAGGUUUUUAUCUUGCUUUGUGAUGGGUAAUUGGACUGUCCAUAGCAUCAUGGGCAUGGACUGGGCAAAUAUGAUCUAAAUAAAAACUAUGAUUGAAUUA